UGUAUGCAAAUAUUUCACAACUGGUGUAACAAGUUAACAUGUUGUUGAAAUAUUAUUCCGUCGUGAUACUGUGUCUUUCCGUUGUCAACGGAGAAGCUGGUGAACCUAAAUGUUUUUCGAGGUUUGACUAUGACGAGAAAAUGUUAAUGAAACAAUUAAGAUUUGAAGACAAAGUUCAGAAAUUCGAGGAUUUUAUUAACGGAGUUAAGGCGCGAGAAGCCAAGGAAAAGGAGGAACGUGAUGAAUUAUUUGCCGCAGAAUUAGAGAAAGUUAAAAAAGAACUGAAGUUGAAAGAAGAAAAGGAAAGAGAAGAACGCUCUAAGUUGUUUGCCGCAGAGUUACACAAUUUAGAAAAAUAUAAACAAGAGAAUGCGGAAGAAGUUGAACGACAGAAAAAUGUUACGUCAGAAAUGCUCGAAAGUGUGAAGAAUUCUAAGACGGAGUUUGAAAACGUCCAUCAACAAAUAAACGAGA